UUUUUUGGAUUCUCUCCAUCUAUAGAUUCAAAUUAAUUCAAAGCUCGCAGUCCCUCUCUGUCUUUCCUUCCUCUUCUUCUCCUUUCAAUACCUCUAUCUUUUAGUGUUCCACGCCGUUGCGCUUGUUGCUCCCGUGCACUGUAUGUGAUAACCCUUUUUGCUCCCGGGCGCCUGACUUGUCCCUUUCUCUACUCUCGACCACCCUCCGCCUAUUCCAUCACUUAUCUACCUACAACAGUACUCCUGCCUCCUUUGCUGUUUACUUCUCAUCAACGCAUCCCAUCGUCUCUGCGUUGUCAUCAUUAAAUUUUCUAAAUCAUUCGCUGAUCAUUGUCUCCUUUAAAGAUGGCUGAAAUCCGCCGCAAGCUUGUCAUCGUUGGCGAUGGUGCCUGUGGUAAGACCUGUCUUCUGAUUGUCUUCUCCAAGGGAACCUUCCCUGAGGUCUAUGUCCCCACUGUUUUCGAGAACUACGUCGCCGAUGUCGAGGUCGAUGGCAAGCAUGUUGAACUUGCCCUUUGGGAUACUGCUGGUCAGGAAGAUUAUGACCGUCUUCGUCCUCUUUCAUACCCCGACUCCCACGUCAUCCUGAUCUGCUUCGCCAUCGAUUCCCCCGAUUCCCUUGACAACGUCCAGGAGAAGUGGAUCUCCGAGGUUCUUCACUUCUGCCAAGGCCUCCCCAUCAUUCUCGUCGGUUGCAAGAAGGAUCUUCGUCAUGACCCCAAGACCAUUGAGGAGCUGCACAAGACCUCUCAGAAGCCAGUCACUCCUGAACAGAUUAUUGACAUAUUCGUCCAGGGCGAGGAAGUUCGCAAGAAGAUUGGAGCCUACAAGUAUCUCGAAUGCUCCGCACGAACCAACGAGGGUGUCCGUGAGGUCUUCGAGGCUGCCACCCGGGCUGCCCUCUUGACCAAGACCCACAAGAAGAAGAGGGGGUGCACUAUUUUGUAA